AUAAGAGUGGCGUGACGUCAGCACAUCAUGCGUGACGUGUAUCGUGUGCGUCGUGAAGCAGGGAGCAGAGGAGCGCGAUGGCGGUGUCUCAACCGAGAGGAGAGAAGGAGAGCGAGGAUUGCUCUCUGCUGCCUUUAGUUCAUGAUAUUAUCAAAUGCAUGGACAAGGACAGCCAGGAUGUCCACCAAGAACUGGCCAAGCUGAAGACGAAGAUCCAGGAGGCUCGGGAGCAGAUCUCCACCAUGCCCGGGGUAGACAGCAGCCCUCUGGAGCAGCAGCAGCAGCUGGCCACGCUGCGGGAGCAGGUCAGCACCAAGAACCAGCUGCUGCAGAAAUACAAAAGCCUGUGCAUGUUUGAUGUGCCAAAAGCAUCGUGAACCUGAAGACUGGAUCACUGCUCUGACUGGAGGAAAGCUCACAGACAGUCGAGGUGCAGGGAGGAUGUUUUGUUUUGCACCCAUGGAGCAGAUGUGGGAUUCAAGAAUACGGGAUGGACGUUUAAAAUGAGCAAGGACUUAUUUUUGCAAGAUGUCUUUGAACUUCACAAAAUGUUCUCUUUUUGUUCUUUUUUUGCGUUGCGAGAAUGCAAACCUGGUUAUGUAGUAUUUGUAUUAAAUGUAGUUUUUUCUCA